AUGCCACGGCCCGCGAAGCCUCCUAUGACCCUGAAGGAGGCAAAGCGGGCAUACAAAAAAGAUGGCGUCGGAUUCCAGUACACUGCAUCUCAAAUGGCGCGUGCCGAUCGUCAAGACGCGCAGGACGAGAAACGAAAGAAAGCACUGGACAAGGAGAGACAACGAGUCGAGAAUAAAAGAAAGAGAGACGAGAAGGAUACAAGAGAGCGUGCAGUCAAGCAGAAGAUGUUGGACGAGGGCAGAAUCACAGUUGAGGACACCUGGGGAAAAGUGGCAGCAAGUCAACCACGGCUGAAUAAAUUCUUUGGACAGAGGACUGCCGUCGCGCCGGCCAAGAGAAAGAUACAGGAAGAGACUGUCGCGCAUGCAGAGACUAGCUCACAGACUGUAUCUGUGGUGCACACCGACAAAGAGACCCGCGAGAGCCCUGAGGUACAACCUCCGCCUGAGUCCGCCUAUAGACUCACCGCACCAGUCUUCCAGGAAGCUCUUGGCCGGAAUCCAGCAGCUGACCCAACGUCUAGCGAUGAGGGCGAUGCCAGUGGGUUAGCCAUGCAGACGACGUUCUCUACGGUCGAUCGAGAAUCUCUAGAUGCCGCGCAGCACAGGGAUAUACGGAGUCCGCGACCCAGGUUAAGGGAACUAAGACCGUCGCAAAUUAACGCACGCUCGACAAGAUCACAGUACAUCCAAGCCGAUACCACAUGUAUAACACCCGUCAGAGGAUCGCCAGCGCUUGUUAAUGAGCAAGGGAGCGAGCUGGAUCGCUCUGCGUCAGCAAGACAAAGCCAGACAAGAAAACGUGACGCACGUGUCUCUGCUCCUGCCAGCAUAUUCCAUCCGCCUGAGAAUCGACGUCGUGCCCUGCCAGCAGCCAAAGAUGUGUCUCCGGCUACAUUUGACGAGGAAGAAGACUUCACAGACGGCAUCGAUGAUGACACACUCUUGAUGCUAUAUGACGAGCAGGAGCAAGAACUCCACACCCCAACAACUGCUAAUGCCUCUCAAUCACCUGCAGGCCUGAAUACUGAGAAAUCGGUCCCAGUGUCCUCGGGAGAGACCAAAGAGUGUCCUUCGCCCCCCAGACAGGCCGAAGUUAGCACCAUUACCACAAACAAGCACCAAGAUACUAUGCCUCUGACAUCGAAGGGUCUCUCCGAAAGCUUCAGCUCUGUCUUCAACGAGAUCGACGAUGACGAGCUGAUCGCCUUAGCAGAGAAAGUGGAGGCCAGCAUGCCUUCUCCUUCUCCUGCUGCGCCAGUUGCUGUCGCAACACCCAAGCCUCCUAAGCAAUCAGCCGAGCCUUCUCGAAAAGCCACGGUUCGUGCGGCACUCCCACAGCCGCCGCCCAGGUUGAGUAUGCCGCCACCUAAGCGCUCUGGACAAGUGUCCGAGCGUACAACGAGCAUGACUUCUUCCGAGCAUAUCAGUCCAAGCACGGAGGCAACGCCCCAACCAACGUCGGAAGUACCUUUCUCAAGAACCAAUCCGAAGCCCCUGCCACGAGCGAGCAUGCCUCCACGUACGACAAGAUCCAGCAUGCCACCACCCCAAACAAAAUCACUACCGAGCAAAGCACAGCCUCCAUCGCCUGUGCUCAAACAGCCUCCAUCGCCUGUGCUCAAACAGCCUGCGAAUCGAAGGACACUACCGUGGAAAAUUCCCUCAAAUGAUUAUUAUGAUGAAUUCGACGUCCCGGGCCCCUCGACACAGGCAAUAAUGGUGGAACUAGCAGAGGAAGCUGAAGCGCGAAUUCAGAAAGUGUACAAGUAA